UUCAGGUUGAUUAUAUUUAUUUAAAAUAUGGCCAAACAGAAAAAAUCUUCAGUUAACAUUAUUCAUCAGAGAAAUUUCUUACUAGUAAAUCAUGAUUUUAUUGUACCUGAUAAUGAGAAAUUGUAUACAACUUUUUUGGCAAAAUCAUGAUGACUCAUUUAAGAUUAAUAUGGAAUCUUACUCUGGUUGUAGUAUUUUUAUUGCAUACAACAAUAUGUGGCCAGGCUAAAAUAGCUAAGUCUUUGUCUAAAGAUACAUGUGAUAAACAGAGAAAGAUUCUAUCUGGCGCUUCUGGUGUAUUUUCUGAUGGGAGUGGAAAUUACCCUGAAGAUUCACAUUGUGAAUGGCUGAUCAAAGCCAAUAAUACCCACCAAUAUAUCACAUUAACUUUCUUGGAGAUGGAAACUGAGUGUUCAUAUGAUCAUGUGUUUGUUUAUAAUGGUGACUCCUAUACAAGUCCUUUAUUGGGAAGUUUUAGUGGUAGUACUCUUCCUCCACCUAUAACUGCUAAUUCCGGGGCUAUGCUAAUUCUUCUGUAUAGUGACACAAAUUACAUCAGGAAAGGAUUUAAAGCAAUGUUUAACAUAACUGAUUGUCCUUUAAAUUGUAGUCAAAGAGGUAAAUGUGUUGGUAAUAUUUGUCACUGUGAGCAGCUUUGGACUGGCGAAGCCUGUGACAUAUCACUUUGUCCAAAUGAUUGUGGAAUUAAUGAAGAAACUGGUGAAUGUGAUAGAUAUAUGGAUCCUCCAAAAUGUAUUUGUAAACCAGGAUAUUCAGGAGAAUCGUGCAGUUUACCUGAAUCAAAUUUAAAUGGUGGAAAUACUUGGCAUUUAUUGACUCGUGAAAAGACUGAUUUAUCUCCACGAGCUGGUUUGGCGGGUGUUUAUUUAGCACACGUUGACAAAUUUUAUUUAUUCGGUGGUUUUACUUUUGGAUCUGUUUUAGGUGAUUUAUUAUCAUAUAAUUUUAAUGAAAGUAAAUGGCAAAAGAUCUCAACUGUAUUUGGACCAUCACCUCGUUGGGGUCAUGCUAUUGCAUGUUAUGCUAAAAACUUUGUACUUUAUGGUGGAGAACUAGAAAAUGGACUUCUUUCUGAUGAAUUGUGGUUAUAUAAUGUUGCGAAAGAAGAAUGGCAAUUAGAAGCAAAGCACAGCAAUAUUAGACCUCCAGCUUUAACUAAACAUUCCCUUACUUUAGUAGAAGGAAAAUGGUUGUAUCUCUUUGGUGGUAGUUUAGAAGAUGGAUCAUUUUCUUCUGGUAUGUAUAGAAUCAAUCUAAAUGAAGGUGCACAAUGGGAAAAAAUAGAACCUUUGGGAGGAAAAGAAUUAGAAAGAAGAAUAGUUGGACAUUCAGCAGUUUAUCAUGCUGCCACCAAGUCACUUUUUAUUUAUGGAGGUAUCAUGGUUGACUAUGCUAGAUUUAGUCGUUUGAGUAAUCAAAUUCAUGCAUUCCAUGUUGAUAAACAGUAUUGGACUCAAAUAGCUUAUCCAAAAAGUGGAACAUCUAUACCUUUAGAAAGAGCCUUUCAUAGUGCAGCUGUUGUUGGAGAUUAUUUAGUAAUCUAUGGUGGAUACACACAUCGUCAUUCCCAUCAAGAGAUAUGCUAUGAUAACGAAAUAUAUUUAUAUCAUCUGGGAUGUCACAAAUGGGUUGAUUUCCAUGUGUUGGGCAUGAAGAAACCAAGUUUGCAAAAUCCUAUACCGCAGGGUGUUAUUGCUCAUGCAAUGGGUGUUCGAAAAGGCCAUACUCUUUUGAUUGCUGGAGGCUAUAGCGGAAUGAUGAAAGGAAGUUUGUUGGCUUAUGUUAUGCCACCAGAAGUUACUAUUAGAGGUCAACAAUUACCUGCAUCAGCAUGUUCCAGUCACAGGUCAAAGGAAAAUUGUACAGCUCAUCCUUCCUGUAGUUGGUGUUCACAAAAUAACCAAGAAUUUUGUUUAGAAAAGACUAUGCAGAGAGAAUGCAGAAGUGGAACAUUUAGUGCAAACUCCUGUCCUGGUCUUUGUCCAACGUUACAAGAUUGCCAUUCUUGUUUGAUUUGGGGUGAGGCUUCUGGUCCUAAUGUUAUUGGUAGCACUGAUACAAUGGAUCCCUUCCUUCAACCAACAUGUAGUUGGUGUGUAGAAGUGUCACAAUGUCAUCCGAUUCAUAAUCCACCAGAUACGUGCCGACCAAUUCACAAUAGUUCCAUUCCAAUAUCAGAAUUAAAAUGGUGGGGUCCCACUGGGACUGAUAUUACAACAAUUGCCGAUUGUCGCACAAAAGAUUUUAGACCUGGUCUUAUUUCUCUUAAGUAUAGACAUCCAGUCAAUUGGAAACAACCAGAUGGUUUAUCAUAUAUAAACCAAACAACAGAAGAUCUGCAGAUCCAAACUGAGUUUUCCAGAGAACGAGAAGGACUUAGUGGAGGUGAAAACAUUGUUAGAUUUUCGGGCUUUAUUCAUCCACUAAGUGCAAGACCUUUAUCUGAAAAUGGAUCUUUCUUACAAAUGUACAUGGGAUUUUCUGGUGCAAAAGCUAUACUUCAAAUGAGUAAUGAUAGCACAGAGGAGCAUUUGGAGGUGAUAGCAAGUAAUACAAGCACUUCUUAUGUUCGUAUAAAAGCACACAGACCAGAUAAUCGACCACUCUUCCCUAAUACUAGUCCUGGCCAUAAAUAUUUAAUAAAUUUCACUAUGAGCUUACCUGUUGCUUAUAAUGAAAGUGCUACUAUGCAGUUAGUAUGGAACGCUUUUCCUGUCCAUCCAAAGGUUAUUACAGUAUCUCAUUUAGAACCAUAUAGUAAUGGAUCUUGUCACAUUCAUCAUAACUGUCUUUCCUGCCUGAGUGAUGCCGCUUGUGGUUGGUGUCAACAAACAUCUGAAUGUGUACGAAGGAAAUUAAUCGAUAUUCAUCAUCCAUUUUAUCACAGAGAUAACAAGCAUAAUUACAUCAUUACUAUUCCUGAAAAUUGUCCUGUUUGUUCAGAUUAUAUAUAUUGUGAAGAUUGUGCAAAGGUCGAUCAUUGUGAAUGGCUGAUUGAAGAAGCUCACUGUGGUCGUAGAGGUAGAUUUGAAGAUGCCGUCAGACAUCAAGAUCUUUGUCCCACUCCCUGUCAUUUGCGUUUUAAUUGCACUUCGUGUCUUGGAGAUCCAGGCCGCUGUGCAUGGUGUGAAGAAACUCGCAGCUGUUUUCUGUUUGCCACAUAUACAACAUCUUUUAUGUUUGGUCGUUGUCGGGAAUGGGUUGACGAGGAUCGCAGUGCACCUAGUGGUGUCACCACACCUGGUGCACAAUGUAGAGAUUGUAGUCGACAUGCAGACUGCAAAUCCUGUUUAAAAGAUUUAUCAUGUGGCUGGUGUGGAAAUACACUUAAUCCAACUAAUGGAGUUUGUGUACAAGGAGAUUUUUCUGGUCCUCAUUCAGAAUUAAUCGAUAUUCAUCAUCCAUUUUAUCACAGAGAUAACAAGCAUAAUUACAUCAUUACUAUUCCUGAAAAUUGUCCUGUUUGUUCAGAUUAUAUAUAUUGUGAAGAUUGUGCAAAGGUCGAUCAUUGUGAAUGGCUGAUUGAAGAAGCUCACUGUGGUCGUAGAGGUAGAUUUGAAGAUGCCGUCAGACAUCAAGAUCUUUGUCCCACUCCCUGUCAUUUGCGUUUUAAUUGCACUUCGUGUCUUGGAGAUCCAGGCCGCUGUGCAUGGUGUGAAGAAACUCGCAGCUGUUUUCUGUUUGCCACAUAUACAACAUCUUUUAUGUUUGGUCGUUGUCGGGAAUGGGUUGACGAGGAUCGCAGUGCACCUAGUGGUGUCACCACACCUGGUGCACAAUGUAGAGAUUGUAGUCGACAUGCAGACUGCAAAUCCUGUUUAAAAGAUUUAUCAUGUGGCUGGUGUGGAAAUACACUUAAUCCAACUAAUGGAGUUUGUGUACAAGGAGAUUUUUCUGGUCCUCAUUCAGGAGAAUGUGAAGCAUUAGUAACACAAGUUCAUCCAAAUGUAUUGUCAUCAGAAUCUACAGAUUGGUUUUAUAGUUCUUGUCCUGAUGUAGAAGAAUGCUGGCUAGGCUUGCAUAAAUGUCACCCAAAUGCAACUUGUACUAAUACCCCGGAUUCUUACAAAUGUACUUGCAGUCACGGAUUUAAAGGAGAUGGUAUUUCUACUUGUAUGAGAACAUGUUCAUCAGAAUGCAUUAAUGGAUAUUGUUCCGAAGCUCCGGAUUAUGUUUGUAUAUGCAAAUUAGGUUGGACGGGUCACGACUGUAGUAUUAAUUGUGGUUGUAACAAUCAUAGUAAUUGCACAAAAGGUGUGGCUUUAUGUGACGAUUGCCAGGAUUGGACUGAAGGUCAAUUCUGUGAAAGGUGCAAGACAGGAAGUUUUGGUAAUGCAACAACUGCUGUUGGAUGUAAGAAAUGUAAUUGUAAUGAUCAUGCAGACGAAUCAGCUGGAUAUUGUGAUCGUAUUACUGGUCAGUGCUAUUGUAAGGAUAAUACAGAAGGUUUCAAUUGUGAGCGGUGUAAACCAGGAUAUUAUGGAGACACAAGGGAUGGAGGUCAUUGUUACUUAGAAUGUCAGCCUCGUGCUGUCAUUACAGAUAUUCAGAAAGGAUUAUUAGGAAGUCAAGUGGGAGUUACUCAUCCAUCACAUUGUCUUUGGAUAUUGUCUGUUCAUCCAGAAUUAGAUAAAAAUUCUUUUGGAAAACAUGCAGAAAUAAAUGCUGACAUACAAUUAACAAUUCAUGCUGAUAUGAAGAUUAAAUGCCCUCAAAAUCAUCUAUAUGUAUAUGACGGUCUUCCCGAAUUUAUUUCGGCUCGUUACCAUGGAAAACUUUUGGGAUCAUACUGUAGUCUUAAUUUGUCUAAACCAAUAGUAACAGUUGCUACAUCGGGCCAUAUGACUAUAUAUUACAAGCGAACUAAUCCAGCUCACGGUUUUAAUGCAACAUAUCAAAGAUUGGAAUGUGGACAUUCUUGUAAAUUUUCAAACAAAACUUGCCAUGGAGAGAGAUGCCGAUGUAAAAAUGGGUUUAGUGGAGUGACCUGUAAUAAAGAAAUAUGUAAGAAUAAAUGCUCAUCACAAUUUGGGUAUGGUGUCUGUCAGCAGUUAUAUGGAACUUGUCUGUGUAAAGAUGGUUAUGGUGGUUCCGAUUGCUCCGUUCGUCUCGAACACUCUCAUCUACUUUGGUCUACUUUAUUUGAUUCGGAUAAGAUACGACCUUCUGAAUAUAGAUUGUCCAAAGAAUUGCCACGGAUGGGCCAUACACUGUUGGCUAGCAAAAAAUCUGAAUAUUCAUUAUCUGAUUUAGUUUGGGUUUUUGGAGGAUAUUCAUCCAUUUAUGGGAAUUUGAAUGAUUUAUAUGUGUAUGAUACUCAAACAAAUAUAUGGAUAAAGGUGACGAAAAGUCCAAAAAGUGAAGGAUCUCCUCCCGAACGUCGUUUUCAUUGCGCCAGUCUCGUAGACAGAAAUAUUUAUGUUUUUGGUGGUAUCGGCAAAGAAGAAGUACUUGGAGAUUUUUGGAAAUUUUCAACUUUAGAAAAAAUGUGGACAAAAUUAAAUGUACCAAAAGAGCUUCCUGCUUUAGCAGGCUCGACGUUAACAGUGGUGGAUGAUGAAAGUCUUGUUCUCAUUGGUGGUUUUUCACCCAACUAUGGUUUUUUUGAAAAAACAAUCGAAUAUAAUAUCAAAAGAAAAAAGUGGCUGAUUAUUGACUCUGUUGGUGCUGUACCCGUGACGAAAAGUCCAAAAAGUGAAGGAUCUCCUCCCGAACGUCGUUUUCAUUGCGCCAGUCUCGUAGACAGAAAUAUUUAUGUUUUUGGUGGUAUCGGCAAAGAAGAAGUACUCGGAGAUUUUUGGAAAUUUUCAACUUUAGAAAAAAUGUGGACAAAAUUAAAUGUACCAAAAGAGCUUCCUGCUUUAGCAGGCUCGACGUUAACAGUGGUGGAUGAUGAAAGUCUUGUUCUCAUUGGUGGUUUUUCACCCAACUAUGGUUUUUUUGAAAAAACAAUCGAAUAUAAUAUCAAAAGAAAAAAGUGGCUGAUUAUUGACUCUGUUGGUGCUGUACCCGUAGGAAUAUAUGGACACUCUAGUGUGUAUCAUUCACAAACUAAAUCAAUAUUUGUUUUUGGGGGAAUAAUAUAUAAUGUUAAAGGUGCUACAAUCUCCGGUGAUUUGUAUACACUUCAUUAUCCAACUGGCAGAUGGUCAAAAUUACCACCUAACCAACCUGAUUCCAAUCCUCCUCCACGUAGUCUUCAUGCUGCUGUUUUAACAGACGAUUACAUGCUUAUCCUUGGUGGUCGAAAUGAAAAGUUUGAAUUAGUGGGCGAAACUUACGUUUAUAUAUUCAAAUGUAAUUUAUGGAUCUGCUUAGAAAAAGAAAAUGUUUCUGUUGUGGGAGAACCAUUGCCGCCAGUAUCUGGACUUUCAGCUACGUCAUUUUCAAGAAGCUUUUAUAUUUUUGGAGGUUUCAAUGGAGAAACAAGUGACCGUUUGACAAAAUUAACUUUACCGGAUGACAUUUGUCAUUUGUUUUCAAAGAAACAGUCAGAGUGCAUUCGUUACACAGGCUGUUCAUAUUGUUCCGUGAUGGAAAAUAAUGUGAGCCGUACAUUUUGCUAUUCUGAAUAUGGAAGCAUUCCUUACAAUUGUGAUAAUCCAAAAGGACGACUAAACAUUAUUACAGAUACAGACUGUAAUUUAGAAUGGAUGGAAAGACGAGAUUGCUAUCAAUACAAAACGUGUAUGGAUUGUGUUGCAGUUUGGCCAUUCUUUCCAAAUGCUAAACAGUUAUGCAAGUGGUGUUCAAAUUGUCAAAGAGGAAUAUGCAUUCCAGCUUCAGCUUCCUGUGAAGUAGAAAAUGAUUGCAAAAUUUCACAGCGUGCCAUAAAUCAGUCGUCAUUUUGUCCAAUAAGAGAAUGCUUAGCAUCAGACUGUGAAAAAUGUGGAAGUCUGCCAAACUGUACAUGGACACGCCAAGUUGAAAGAUCAGGUGGUGAAUGGAAGCAUACUUUAAAAGAUAAACCAAUAUUUAAUUGGACUUGUGUGGGAAAAACAAUCCAAGGUGCAUCUUCAUUUCCCGUAGAAUCAAUGCCUCCAUUAACUUGUCCUCCUCGAUGCAGUCAGCAUAGAAAUUGCAGUACUUGUUUACAAAGUGCUGGUGGAGAAGGAGGUUGGCACGAGUGCAGAUGGAGCGAAGGAUUACAACAAUGCAUUUCUCCAAGUUUUGAAUUACUACAAUGUGAAGGAGGGGCUUGUGGAGCUGUAUUACAAGGUUCCAGUUCCUAUUGUCCCGUACCCUGCUGGCACCAUAGCCAAGCAGCUCACUGCUUGUCAUAUCCUAACUGUGGAUGGUGUGCUUUCUCGGGCAAGAAAGUCAAUGGUCGAGGCAUCUGUAUGGAAGGUUGGAUAAAACAUCCAACGGAUGGAAAAUGUUAUGAAAAUCAUGUAUAUUUAAUUGAUCAUCCACUUCCUGAAAAUGUCACCAGAUGGUUAAAUCAAUCUGAUGGUCCAGUUUAUUGGGCAUAUCUUAAACAACCACCAGAAAAUGAAUGUCUUAAUGGUCAUCAUAACUGUGAUGACAAACAGCAUCAAGAAUGUGUUGAUACAGAAGAAAAAUUUGAAUGUAAAUGCAAACAAGGAUAUGUAAAUGAUGGCAAACAAUGUAAACCAGUAUGUAAUCAGGGAUGUAUGUUUGGAACUUGUGUAGAACCAAAUAAAUGUAAAUGUCAUUUUGGUUAUGUUGGACAUAAUUGUUCAAUACAAUGUGAUUGUAAUGGACAUAGUAAUUGUGCAGGUCCCGAUCGUCUUAAUGAUUGUUUAAAAUGCCAUAAUAAUACACAGGGAUCACAAUGUCAAAAAUGCAAACCAUUUUUUGUUGGAAAUCCCACAAAUGGUGGAAAGUGCAUUCCUUGUAAAGUAUAUUGUAAUGGACACAGUGAUUUAUGCUUUAGCUCAGAUUUCCUAAAUUCCUCUCUGCUGAGUUCACUCAGCAAUCACUGGGAUCAAUAUCUUAUGUCUGAAUACUUAGAAUUAGUAAAAGAAGGACCCAAGGAUGAUGCAAUUUGUAUAAAUUGUCAAAAUAAUACUGAAAAUAAUAGAUGUGAUCAAUGUAUUUCUGGAUUUUUUAAAAUUGGAGAUAAUAUAAAAGAGGGUUGUAGACCUUGUGAAUGUCAUGGCCAUGGAGAUAUGUGCAAUUCCAUAAAUGGCGAAAAUUGUAAUUGCCAAAAUAAUACAGAAAAUGAUAGACAAUGCAGUCAAAAGAAUAGCAAAAAUAUGGUGACCCCAUGUUGGCAAUUACAGUGUUCCAAAUGUAAAGAGUACUUCCUCGGAGUUCCCACUAACGGACAUCAAUGUUAUCGUCUUAUGUUUUUGGAUAAAGAGUACUGCUUCGAUCCAAAUACUCAAGAGGAAUGUAAUAGGAAACCCAGUCCUCUUCUUCGGGGGAGAACGGUGUUCUUCGCGGUGCAACCUAGAUACAUGAACGUGGACAUCCGCGUCAUCGUUGACGUGACGGAAGGCGGUGCCGAUUUCUAUCUGUCUUACAAAGAAGACACCUUUGUGGUGGACGUCAACAAGACGACGGGAAUUCACUACAUCACGUUCGACAGAGUGUCGGGAAUCGAGGUAGGAACCGCUUUAGAGAAAAACGAAUUGCAUCAGACGAAUUUGGCCAUCAAGGACAGAAAAGUGGGGAAGCGAGAGGCUCCGUCGGACGACAUCAACGGCGAUCUGGCCAACGAUUCUUCUCCCUCUCCGUCUCCUCCGCUGAAACUACGAGAGAGUAGGGCCAAAGGCCUGACCACUUAUAUAACCAUUACCGACGCGCAGGAAUUUCUGCGCGUUCGCAAUCUGCAGAACAGAUUGGUCAUAACCAUUCCGCAGGGAGUUUAUGACCUGAGGAUGACGCGAUUUCACAUGGUGAUCCACGGCGUGGGAAGUAAGACUUCCGACGUCACCUACGGCAGUCUGUUCUUCAGACAAGACCAGACCAGAAUCGACCUCUUCGUCUUCUUCUCCGUCUUCUUCUCGUGUUUCUUCCUGUUCCUGGCCAUCUGCGUGGUCAUCUGGAAAGUCAAGCAGGCCUUCGACGUGCGCCGGGCCAGACGUCUACACGCGGCCGAGAUGAAGCACAUGGCCAGUCGGCCCUUCGCCCGGAUCGUGGCCGUCAUCGAGGAGGAAAUGGACGACUACGAUUUCUACCCCUAUUCCCCCAAUAACUAUCGGAAGAAACACAAACACAAGGGCCACCCGGGCCGAGACUCGCCCAAAGUGUACGGCGACGACAGAUACGGCACCAGACCCGUGGCCGUGGAACCCGUCUCCGACGGAAUCGCGGCUCUGGCCACCGUCCUGGUCCAACUUCCGGGAGGACUGAGCGCGCCCGUUAGACUCAGUCUGGGCACCGCCCUCAUCACCGUCAGGGGACUGUCUUCGCACGGGAACAUGGGCAUUAGGGCACCCAGGCGCAGGAGAACCAGUCACAUCACUCUCUGAUAGUAGUAGUAACUCUGUGAUAGUUGUACAGUUUCCGGAACUCUUUUGUACCCGUGUACGUACGUGUAAAAUAUUUGUACGCGUGCCCGGCGGCAACUUAAUGGUUAUUCAUUUAUUAUAUAAAAAAUAUGUAUAUAAUUGUGGUUGUGAACGACCGGCGAUGGCGUCGGUGUGCUACCGGAGCACGGUGUGGUUAAUAUUUUGUUAGAAGUACUCGACUUUUUGCAUUACGGAAAGAGAGAGAGAGAGAGAGAAAGAGAAGUGCGUGUUUUAUGGGAAAAGUUAAAAUUGAAAUAUAUAUUUUAAAUUCUAGUUACGAUACGAAAUCGUUAUGUUCCUAUUUGUACAUAUUGUUCCUCGUAUUUGCUCACCUCUCGUCGACGACUGCGGAAUUCGUUGCCCGCCACUCCGACUUUCCACUUUUUUUUAACACUGCGGUUAUUUAUUAGGGCAAAGAAAGCGCCGGCUCGGACCAUUGCGCAUGGUAACCGUGCCCGACAACUACCUCACGUGUCUAACGGAAUACCCCUUCUAGUCGUAGGGAGAACGUCCCGUCCGCUGGCAAAGUGCAAAUUCUAUUUUGUUUUAGUACCUGCAUUACUUUCUGCCGAGCCCAUUCGGGUGGGCAUCCCGGCCGACUGCAGUUUCUUUAUUUCGGACGGGCGACGAGGGGUGUACUGCGUACGUGGAACCCUUUAUUUCACGGUUUAAAACCCAGCAAUAAACCCGGAAGAGCGUGACGCUAUUUUUGCCGGCGGCGCAGUCGUCGAUCUUUCUUGCAUUUGGCAGCAUUUGUAUAUAUAAAAAAGGACUGUGAUGAUUUGUGCGCAAACGAGAACGCCAAUGGAUCGUACGGCCGUGCGGGACACCUUUAAAUUAUCGUCGUAUCGAAAUUUAAGCAUAUAAAUAAUUGUACUUCCAGUAAUAAUAAUAAUAAUAAUAAGCAGAAUUAGUUUUAAAGUUAGGAAUUAAAAAUCGACAUAAAGUACGAAUCUAAGUGGAAUGUUUACGACAAAUAAGAAAUUAUAGUAUAGGAAAGUAAUAAAACGAAUCGAAAAUAUGUAAAAAUACAUGUUAAAUAUUAUUUUCUUACCGUAUAUUGUUAUUUUUUUUAAUGCUUAUGUAUUUUAGUUUUACUGAAUCUCUUCCUUCUAAAUUCGUCGGUCGUCACUUUACCCAUUUGUUUCGUCCGGAAGUAUUUAAUUGGUUAAGAAGUAACGAUUGUUAAAUCUGUUCGGAACCCGUUUAAGACACGGUGUAAAACAUUUGAUGCCUCUCGUGUAGCUAAACAAAAGAAAUAUAUAUAUAUGAAGCUGAGCUUUUUCCGUGUAAAUAUCCGAAUUGUAUGAAUGUUCGCUUUAUCGUAUAACAGGGAAAUAAAGUUACGAUUCGAGGCUUCCGACAUUACCUUGUGUUUCACUCUGGCCAAUAAAACGUUCUUUAACUCUGA